AUGCCAGAAAUAACGAGGAAAAGAAGGGAUAAUGAAACCGCAAAACCACUUGCUAAGGACUUCAAUAAGAACAAAAAACAGAUUAAACUGAUGAGACUGCUGAGCUUAUUAGAGAGAUACCAACAGCAUAUGAAGCAAAGGUCAUGGAAACUUCCACACGGAAACCACAUCAAACAAAUGGACGAGAAAACUUCAUGA